GACUUAACUGCGUUUUCUACCUGAAAACAGCAAAAUCUCUGUGUCCCAUUGAACUGAGUAUUCUGUGAAACUACUGCGAAGAGAAAUUAGUAGGAGUUGUUUCUAAAUUUGUUCAAGGACUCGAGAGGGUAUUUUAUCUGCUGUGCGAAACGGACGAGCUUUGUAAAAUGUCAAAUGAAACAUUUCCUUGGAAAGUUAGGACGAAUGAUUCGCAUUCACUUACUAAUAGUCCUGUUCCAAGAAAACCUAAUCAUGAAGCAAUUUCUAGACUUCAUUCACCAUUGAAUUCCCCUAAACUACAGCCGAUCGGAUCUCCUCAGACCCUGCGCAGAGUCACGUCUGCUAAUGGAUCAAAUACAUCCAUGUAUCCAAAGUGGUCUGGCGGUCUAUCACUUUCUAGUAGUCGUGCUGCAUCCCCAGCUCCUUCAGUGUCUGAUCCCUAUGGUAGCCUUGCUUUUGGCGGUGGUGUCCUAGGUGGCUCGGAUGUCACAAGCAGGGGGAAUUUUCCAAAUCUUGCUUCGGAAACAAGCCCACAGGUUUCUACUCCCUCUCUUGUUUCUAGAAAUGCCGCAUUUAUGGGAGAUCCUUUUGCUCAAGCUGUCCAUAAUGCCACUAAUAACAUGGUUCCUUCCUUUCCGGAACCUUUACCAUCUUCCGAUGCUAAUCCCUCAGAAGAUGUUGAGGCCAAUUCUUCUAAAAGUAACCCAUCCUCCUCUUCGCAAAAUCGUUCAUUAAUGACUCCCUCGAACCAGGCUCCUAAUUCUGCUUCUGUAGAACCCGGCGAGGACACCAUUCCAACAGCUAUUGUUGUAAAAAACAUCCCCUUUUCCUUAGAGAAGGACACUUUACUUGAAGCGUUCAAGCAACUAGGAAUUCCGCGUCCCUACGCUUUUAACUAUCACUAUGACAAUGGUAUCUUCCGCGGCUUAGCUUUUGCAAACUUCUACCUCCCCGAAGAAGCUCAAGCAGUUGUCCAGGCUCUAAAUGGCUAUGAAAUCAACAGUCGUCGUUUGCGAGUUGAAUGGAAGCGCCAGUUACCUGCCGCUGAGCGUGAAAAGGCCGAAAAAGCCAAAAAGCGCCAGGCAGAGGAACGUCGUAGGAAGCAUCAAUACAAAACGUUUGAAGUAAGCUUCAAAGAUCAGGGUUUGGAUCUCAACAACACUACAACCCUAGAAAUAUACAGUCGCCUUUUACUUUUUGCCAAUCAUUGUCUACCUGGUAAUGAACUUGUUUUUGAAGCUCCUUCAAAGGAUCACACCAUCUCGAAUGCUGUGCGAGCGUUUGCGUUACAUUUUGACUUGGAUUACUAUGUUCAACCAAGUGCCGAGACGAUAAAGUUGACCGUAACACAACCAGCGAAAAAGCCUUCUGCUGUAAGUCACUCUCAACCUUCUUCACCGGGCUUCCGCCGUGCUUUGCAUGCUCCUAUGGCAUCGCGAUUCUUGCAGGAACAUGCACUAAACGGAAUAAGAAGUGCUCCAAUCACUCCUCCACCCAGUUUUACCUCGCUAGUAAACCCUGUACGAUCCGUUGAUGACAAGAUUUAUGGUAAUGAUUCUCCUUUACGACAGACAUCUACGUUAAAUACUCCUUUGCAUCCGCGAAACGAGUCUCACUCAAUCCUAAAGUCACCUUUUGGAUUUCCCAAUAAUUGAGUAAUUUACGUUUCAUAAGAUCUCCUUUUUGCGGUAUUGCUAAAACGCUUUGUCACGAUUUACCUACUGCCUUAUCAAUAUUCGAUAUUUUAUGCUUUUGAUAAUUAAACGAUUUUGGCUUGGUUUUGAGUCCCUUUUUACUGAUUUAUUUGGAUGAAUUUACUUUCAGUGUAUAUGAAAUAUAAUACUUUUGUGAAAAAGGCACGCUUCUUUAUGUUUUAUCUGUCUUUUUACUUUCUAUGCAACUUGUCAUCGAUUUUCUCUUAGAAACACGCGUACUUUGCUGCGCUCGUUUUGUUUACCAUUGUUCUAAAAGUUUUGAUUUCCAGUAAUUUUAACAAUGUCUUUGGGUCUUUGAGUGCUACUUUGGACCUUUUAUUACAUUCAAUGUAAUACGCUUUUCUUGUUAUAAUGAAAGAAUGAAUUAUGAUGUUACGAAAUGUUUUCCACUAUAAUUCAUCAAUUGUGAAGCUUAUUUUAAAGAUUUUUAUGAUAAUUUAUG